AUGACCCUCCCCCGGAUUCGUCCCCGCAGCUGGAUGGCAGCGGCCAAAGCUGCCCAGAGGCGCCACCGAGUGGACGGCGCGGGAGGACCCCGCAGUUCUGUGCCUCCGAACCGGCGCGCCUCGCUGUACGUCCACUGGCCGUAUUGUCAGAAGCGUUGCAGUUACUGCAACUUCAACAAGUACAUCCCUCACGGAGUGGAGGAGGCAGCCGUCCGGAGCUGUCUGGUGACGGAGGCUCAGACUCUGCUGCGGCUGAGCGGGGUGCAGCGGGUGGAGUCUGUGUUCUUUGGUGGGGGCACUCCGAGCCUGGCCAGUCCCCACACUGUGGCUGCUGUCCUCGAGGCAGUGGCUCAGGCGACUCACCUGCCCGCAGAUGCAGAGGUCACCUUGGAGGCCAACCCCACUUCGUCCCCAGGCUCAAAGUUGGCAGCAUUUGGGGCAGCAGGAGUCAACAGACUGUCUAUUGGUCUCCAGUCCCUGGACGACGCUGAGCUCAGGCUGCUGGGAAGGACACACUCGGCCAGUGAUGCUCUGCAGACGCUGGCGGAAGCCCGGCGCCUUUUCCCCGGGCGUGUCUCCGUGGACCUGAUGCUGGGGCUGCCGGCACAGCAGGUGGGGCCGUGGCUGGACCAGCUGCAGGAGCUGCUGCGCCUCUGUGAUGACCACGUCUCCCUGUACCAGCUGUCACUGGAGCGCGGCACUGCGCUCUUCGCCCAGGUCCAGCAGGGGGCGCUGCCCGCCCCCGACCCCGAGCUGGCUGCAGAGAUGUACCAGGAGGGGCGGGCAGCCCUUCGGGAGGCCGGCUUCCGCCAGUACGAGGUCUCCAACUUCGCAAGGAAUGGGGCGCUCAGUACCCACAAUUGGAAGUACUGGCAGUGUGGUCAGUACGUUGGCGUUGGGCCAGGGGCCCAUGGGCGAUUUCUGCCCCAGGAGGCCGGGGGCCACACCCGGGAGGCUCGGAUCCAGACCCUAGAGCCAGACAACUGGAUGAAGGAGGUGAAGCUGUUUGGUCAUGGCACCCGGAAGCGGGUUCCGCUGGGCCAGCUGGAGCUGCUGGAGGAAGUUUUGGCCAUGGGGCUACGCACAGAUGUGGGGAUCACUCACCAGCACUGGCAGCAGUUUGAGCCUGAGCUGACCCUGUGGGACGUGAUCGGGACAAGCAAGGAGGUGAAGGAGCUGUUGGAGCAGGGCUUACUGCUGCUGGAUCAGAGGGGUCUUCGGUGCUCCUGGGAGGGUCUGGCUGUGCUGGACUCUCUGUUGGUGACCCUCUUGCCUCAACUCCAAGAAGCCUGGCAGCAGAGAACUCCCUCCUCUGUGCCAGGGGGAUGA